AUGCGCCGGCGUUUACUUCCCUGCAUCUAUCAAGAACAUGCUGAUGACGGCUGGAAAAACACAAUCAUAGGAAUGACUCGAAUCUGGUCUAUGGUGCUCUACUACAAGGAACGCGUGCCGAAGGGUCUACGCGAGAAAGUCAUGCAGUCAUCACUUCCCCACCCAGAUGUCCCAGUCCCGGAAUAUCACGACGCAACCACCCAAGGAUUUCUGGAUGAAAUAGCUGCCUACGCAGCAACCAUUGAAGAAUCUGAACACCAAUUAGCUGCGGGAAAAGCAAACAUCGAAGAAUCUGAACAUCAAUUACCUGCGGAUGAAGCAAACACCGAAGAAUCUGAACAUCAAUCAGCUUCAUCCGAAACAACGAAUGAACAGCUUGUUGCUGAUCCCUGGCGAAGCACACUCAUGGAACGGGGGGAUGGCUACCGUGUGGUGCUCUUUGAUAAAAGCAGGUUGCUCAAUGAUUACUGCGAUCGCCGUGGGCUUUGCAGCCGCCAGCCCCGAAUGUUGAAAGAAUUCAAAAAAUUUACCACCAUUUUUGGAUACAUGCCUUAUGACGAACGAUACCAGUUACCCGUCGGAACACAGGAUACAGUCACAUUAGAUGAAGCUCUACGUUUACUAGCCACCACACCAGCUAGCCAGCAAGGAGAAAUUAAUGGACUUGCCACUUCUCACCAUGCCGAAGAUGGACUUGAAAGAGCGAGCAGCAAAUCAGAGAACAUUCAGCCUCAGGAAACUGGAGCUUACACUCACCAGGAUGAGCUCAACGAUCAUGAUGAAACUACCGAAAAUCACGAUGGCAGCUCAACUUCCAAUAAUCCCCCUAAUCAGAACAAAAUUUUGCAUGUCCUAAUAGGCAAACAACCAGAGGUCGAUCAAUGUCCAAUAUGUGUGCAUCCAUUUGAACCUCCGGAACAAGGCACCAACAAUCAGUGGAACUUUUCUGAAGUUGCAAGGAUCAAUUCAUGCAGACAUGACUUCCACCCUGAAUGUAUUCAACCAUAUUUUUAUGAUAAAAAUUCCCUCUGUCCAAUUUGUCGUACUCAUUUACAAGAGUGA